AUGGUGGCUAGACUCUCUCGAUCGUUCUCCUCUCACAUGCUAGAUGAGAACGAACUUGAAUUGCCUGCAAUUGAUGAUGCAGACUCUAUGCAGGAUGUAGCUAGGAAGAUCUCCCAGUACAUCAUAACCGCAAUUCCAGAUGUUCCUUGUUCAUUCGAUGAUAUGAGGUUAUCGGUAGUUGGUCACAGAUUACGGCCACUAAUAAAGCACCUGUCUGAUAACGUUCAUAACCCGACUUUGAUCUGUGCUCUUAUGGUUUUGAAAUGGCAUUUUGACAACCUUCCGGACGAUGAAAUCGGCCUCAAUGAGAGUCGUGGUCUUGCCUGUGAAUAUGUUGCCUGGCAAUUUUUGACUUCAUUAAAUCACCGAGAAAUUAUAGAGUUUCUUUUGCAGGAUCUUUCUGACUCAAGACGGCCGUCCGUGACCACUGAGGAUCCUGAGCAAGGAUCCCUGCCUACUACCAGAGAAGGGUCCCAACUUUCACACGAGAGGACUCCUCUGUUGGCAAACUCAGCUUCAUCUGUGUAUAGCGUAUUCGAUUCUAGAAGACCACUCAACACUGGAAACACCUUUAACGAACCUGGCAUAGACAACAACCAGUUAGCGUUCCAUGGUCUCAACGCGUUGGAGAUCGCGGGAAUUGUCCUUGCUAAGAAGUUUCUUAGCCAGAAAGUUGUGCAAAGAAUUAUUGAUGAUAUAUGGCGCGGCGAGAUUGUUUUCUGGGAUAGCCUGAAUGUGCAUGCAAAGAAAACGCCCCAUGUUUCUAGGAAAAGACACAUCGAUCCUUAUUGCCGGCUUCGUAUCCCAGUGUAUCGCAAAACUUUCGAAGCAGUGUUUUUCAUUUCGUUCCUUACUAUAUACUACGCGGUUUUAGCACAGCGGAAUCCCAGUGCAAUCAAUACAGUGGAAAUCCUCAUGUACAUCUGGAUCACAGCGUUUGCCUACGACGAGUUAAGCGGCAUUUUGGAUGCGGGAAUGCUCUUUUACCAGCUGGAGUUUUGGAGCCUCUGGAACCUGGGGAUCAUUGGCGUGGGCAUCGCUUUCUUGGUCUGCCGUAUUGUUGGCCUAGCCAAAGAGAGCGGUUACAUCAUCGAGCUUUCUUUCGACAUACUAUCACUAGAGGCAUUGUUUUUAGUCCCUAGGAUUUGCUCUCUCGUUAGCUUGAAUGCCUAUUUUGGGAAUCUAAUCCUAGUCUUAAAAGAAAUGACUAAGGCCUUUCUAAAGUUCAUGCCGGUUGUCAUAGUGUUAUAUCUUGGGUUCCUGACAACGUUUACCAUGCUAGCUCGUGAUCGGUUGACUCUUAGUGAAAUGUCUUGGAUCCUUGUCAAGGUGUUCUUUGGGUCUGCAACGCUUGGUUUUGACAUCGCGCAAGAUAUCUCCCCGGUCUUUGGCUAUGUUCUUAUGUGA